GAAGCCUAUAAGGCAAAGGGACCUGGGGCUUAAACUAUGGAGCUUCCUCUGCUCUGCAUGGCCAUGCUUGGAGUCCUGUCUAAACCCAUCAUCUUCAAAAUCAUAAGGAUCUUUCCAAAAAGCCGACUAGUUCAUAUUUUAUGCCACUCAAUUCAGGGCCCUCCAACUAUAAGCUACAUCCUCAUGGAGACAUCUGGUGUCAUGGUAUCGAAGAAGAUCAUGGAUAAUGGGCACCCAGACAGAUUUCCUCUUCUUGCUACAUUCAAGACCCGGCCAGAUUUACUCAAUUACUACUGCCUUGCAAGCACACCUUUGGGGCAAACAGCCUACAGUGACAUACUGAAGCUCUUCUGGGAAUUGUGGGUACCAGUGUCCCAGCCUCAAGCUAACUUCACCCUGGUAGAUACAGGAUCAGGCCAAAUGGUGGUAGUGUCGUGCCUGGCAUCUGAGGGCAGCCCACCCAUCACUUACAUGCUAUUCAGAAAGGAUGGGCACAUCUUAAUUGAGGAGACGCCCCACCCUGGAAGACCAGCCAACUUUUCCUUCCCAGUGAACAAAAUAUCAGCCUGGUAUGCAUGCCAGGCCAAGAAUAUUGGCAGUGCACAGUGAAGUACCCUCACCCUGGUGCCCCCAGGUAAGAGACUCUUUAUUUGGACAAGUAAGGAGGGAAGGGAGAGAAGCCCAGGAAAAAUGAA